UUGUGGGCAUUACAUUACAUUCAUAAACUCUUGGGACAAAUCUUCUUUUCUAAGGCUUUGUUCACAUUUGGACUGUAAUGGCACCCAACACACUCCGUUGACUAUAAUGGGGUCUGUUGGGUUUCCAUCAUGGUGCCCAGAACAUUUUACGGGGCAAAAUAGUGCAUACUUACUAACGUUUCAAUAGUCGGGACAUUUAAGCCCUGCCCCCAAGGAACAUAUUUAGGCUGGUAUGUCUCUAAGUCUCGCCCAUUGUGGGCCAUUUCUCAGGGUUGUCCUGGCAAAAUAGCGACGGUUAGUAAGUAUGCUGGCCCCACAUAGGUUGACGUUUUUAAUGGAAACUUUGACGGAGAUGAGAUCAGAGCCUACAUGGGCAAAAUGUAAAGGAACUCCUCAAGUCCACGUCAAUAAAGUUUAUUGAAAAUAACAAAGUGGUCUUCACAUACCCAAAGUGUCUGUGGGCCGUGUUUCUUGUGGUAACCAGGGUCUGAUUGAGCUCUAGUUGCUGUGGGCAUCAAUGACUAUUUGCCUGAUGUCCACUGUGGCCUUUCUCCAAACUUUAUUGAAAUCGUCCGACAGAACUUCUUCUAUAAAUUAGCAAAAUGGUGGAAGAACUGUGUGAUUAUUAUAUUUUCGCUCUGGGGCCAAGUAGUAAUUUUUUUUAAUUUUAUUAUUUUUUUUAUAGUAAAGUGGGCAAAUUCUCUGUCGUCUUCAUUUAACUUUUCUAGAGAGCAGCCAUUCAUUUUGUGUUGACAUUAUAGUGGCCAAAAUUGUUGAAAUGUUAAAAUGUUUUACUUUUGUCUCGUUUCUGGCAGGAAACAGUCUUUGAAGCUACAACUUGGGUAUCUUACUGACACUGGUCCUUGUGGCUUUCUGUUGUAGUCACUGACAGCUGGAAGCCGCAAGUCUGCCCGUGUCGUACAAUAUAUUUUGUGUGGUUUUUAUCUUUGACCUUACUUGUACCACCGACCUCCACGCACAUAGGAGGCGAUCUGUCAAAACUGGUGUAAAGAAAAGAAAUUGGCUUCGCAACCAAUCAGGUUCCAUCUUUCUUUUUUUUUUUUUAUAUAUAUAUUUUUUUAAGAACUCUUUUUUUUGGAAAAUGAAAGUUGGAAUCUGGUUGCUAUGGGAAACUAAGCUAGUUUUUCCUUUACACCGGGUUUAAUAAAUCUCCCCUGUAAACUAUUGCUUACAACUUUUCUUCUCACCUGCACUCACUGCGCUGACUUCCUUUCCUCCGCUAACCACCUUCGUAUUGUUUGCAGGACCCGUCGUGCACUCCGCUUUGAUGUCAAAACUGGUCCUACGAUGACGCGACUUUCUUGUUGAUCGAGGAAAUCAUGCUAUCUCCGCUGCCCUUGCACCUCGACCUGUGAAACCCCACGGAUUGAAUCGUCUGGAUGUAUCGCUCACAGGACCAGUUUGGAUCCCGCUUUCCCCGUGACCCCUUCAUCAGUGGAAUAAACUCCACAUGGAACCCUGCGCACCCCCGGGCAUGGCUCCCUUCGGGCAGAUGCUCUACCAACCUUAACCAACCUCAGCUGCCCCCACACUUAUCGUCUAGUCAUGUGACAAACAUUGGCCACCCCAGCAAACCCUAUUACCCUCUCGGCUCUCCUCCUGGCCAUCGCUUCGGGAAGCUGGAACGGGUACAUUCUUGCGUCCAGCUCCUCCUGCGCGACGAGAAGCAGCCACAGAUCUGGGAGCAGCUGGGUCAGAUCUAUGAGUCCGAGCAGGAACUGGAGGAUGCUGUGCGCUGCUACCAGGCCGCCGCGCGCUUCCAUGGUGGCUACGAGCUGAACGCUCACAUCUCUCGGCUGCAGCAGACUCACCUCUGGAACCACCAUCGGCCCAAAUCCCUGCCUCGCUUGCAACAAGUGUGGGACCUGAUGCACCAUGAGCAAAAAAGGCAUUUUGGAGGCAAAAGAGGACCCCCACCAUUGAAGCGCCCCGUUUCCAGUGCUGAUCCACCGUCACUCCAGUCACCCCCUCACAAUCAGCUUGGAGGAGAUGAGCAGCCCAUGAAACGGCGACGGAGUGGAAGCCCUGACCAGCAAAGAAGGGGUAACCUCAGUCUGCACUCUCCGCCAGGGGGUCCCGGCAAUGUUUACCACCAAGCACCCACAAAACCGAAUGUCUGGAACCCACUUAACCACGAGCCCUGGGGGGAGCGUCGUGAGAGGCAGGAUCCCCGCAUUCCACCCCACGUUCCCACUUAUUCUUCAUACUGCCCCGCACGUCCACCACCACCACUACACCAGCAGCCCCGUCCUGCAAGUGACCUUAGUGAGGCUCGGUGUCAGAGGUCACCUGCGGAGGUCAUUCCAGCACCACCUCCUCUCCACGUGCCUUACGACCAGAGAAGAUCCCGCAUCCCAACACAGAAGACCUCUAGGACUGAAUUGCCCUCUCCAUCCCCAGUGGAUACCACGUCCAGUAUCUGCCCACCAUCAGAAGAGCCAGACCCACCGAAAACUAUAUGCCUGCCACUCCAACCGCAGCCAUCUUCCACCCCUUCUCUCCAGCAAAACUGGGUGCCAGCCCCAGUCAAGGAGGAGUCGAAGAGUGAAGAUGAACUGGAAGAGAUUCUUUAUGGGGAUAGUCAUGUUACCGUCAAAGAAGAGGGUUACUAUUCACCUUGUGAUAACGCAGCAGGGGGCAGCGUCUUUGAUCAUCAAACUCAGGUCAUCACCACCAGCAAAGUCAGGCCGAGGUCUGAGGCCUUCCAGGAUGCCAACCUGGAUCAUGUUCUCAAGAGCCUGCAAAAAAUUGAUAAAUCUGGGUUAUUUGCCCCAAAGAAUGAGGAGGUAAUAGAACAAGAGAUUAAGAAAAGCCCUCAGUCUCCAGAGCUGGACAUCAAAGGCAAACACUUAAGCCAUGGACUUUCGAUGUCCGAGGGUAGCUAUUCAGGUGGAAUGAGGUCACCAGCUCAAGAGGACAAAGCCUCGUUCUGUUCCUCUUCUACAACCUACCACAAAGAUACCUCAGGAAACCUUCAGGUGCUGGGUUUAGCUGCUCCGCCUACAACACCCACUUCAGUCUUGACUCAGAAGUCUUUAAGUCCAAAUCCAGCUGUGCCAGAGAGCAAAGAACAGGAACAAGUGAAAGAACAGCCCUCCGGAUGCAAUCAGCUCUUUGACUUUCCUGCUGGACAGCUGGCCGAACCCUUUGAGGAAGCCACAGAGUUCUCAAAGAUUUUACCAGAGGGGCUGGAGGACAUUAUGAAGAUGCUUGAUGAGUCAAUAGAAAAGGAGGAAAGGCGCGGCAGCUCUAGUGAUGAGGACUUUAAUUCCUCUGCCUCUCCCGUCUGCCCACCAGCAGAGACCAGAGCAACACCCCACCUCAGUGGUCCAACUCACCCUGUUUCUGGUACCAAGCCACCAGAACCCAAAUCUGGGGAGAUACAUUACUAUGGACCUAAAAAAGCAAUACUGGGGCAAGAAGCUGUUAGUGAAGCUAAACCUGCUCUACAUGGGGGCAAUAGCGUCCUCAAAUCCCUGGCAAGUGUUCUAGAGGGGCAGAAGUAUUCCUACCGUGGAGGACACAGCCUCAAAACUGGAGGGGGUUCGUCCUAUUUUACUGGUGCUACUAUAGUGAGCAAGCGUAAUGUUGAUCCAUACACUGCCCAAUUUACCUCACAUCGGGCCUGGGACUCUAAGAUUGGAGCCGCGUCUACCUCACAUGUAACAGGACGCGAAGGGGUGGCAGCAACAAGGCCUGGUGUCCGCACUGAGACAGACAUUUUGGAGGAUAUAGCACGUGCUUGUGAAACUUUGGUGGAAGGCACAAUGGGGUCUGGGAGCAGUCGAUCCAGGGAGAAGGAUGAGAAGGAGAAAGGAGCACAAAGACCCGAUAUAGCAAUUGAAAUUAAACUUGACCACAUUUGGGGUGCUCACAACCAGGACUCCACUACUAAAGCUAAACCUGAAAUUGUCUUUGAUGCCAUGAAGGCAGACUGUGUGACUGGGAGAAAGCUUGAAACCUCUGGUGUAAAGGAGGAAUCUAAAAACAUGGCCGAGAAGAAUCCAGAACCUCAAUGGACUGUCGAGAUGACUGAAGUAAAAGAGGAACGUAAGCAAGAAACAAUAGAACCAGCACCAAGACCUAGCAAGGCGCUUGACGGAGAACUAAAAAAGAUUUUUAAGAUAAAGUCUCCUGCUGAGAAAACUGAUGUUACUCCGACUGCAUCAGCCGGAGAAUGUAUCUCGAAAGUGCAGACACCCGUCAAGGAGUUUGAAAAGACUGAACGGGAAUUGCCCAAACAAUGUACAGAGACCCAGAACACCUAUGAAAGUACCUCUUCUGAAAUGGCAAUGGUGGAAAGUGAUGGCCGACUUUUACUUGGCGAUUCACCCACGACUGUAGCAGAAUCACAAGGAGAGAGCGUAAAAGCUGUGGAAGCCGAGAGACCUCAGGAGAGGAUAACCCUGUCUCUUCCUGCCCCAACCCGAAGCAAGGACGAGAGAAGAAAGAAAGACAGGAGGCAUCGAAAGCCUAAGAGGGACAGAAGCAGGCGAUCGAAAGAAAGGCGCUCGCAGAAGGACACAGAGAGGCAAAUCUUGGGAAACUUGGACCUUCAGAGCCAGAGUAGAGAUGCUCCUAAAUCUUCGAAACAAGGAUCAGGAGGAGAUCGAAGAAAGGCAGAAGGCGGGAGAAGAUGUGCGGAGGAUGGCCAUCACAACCAGUCCUCCUCACACUCUGCUCCUGCCUCUGCUCCAACUCCUACUUCCCAUGGUACACCAAGUUCUGAUCUGCUGAAGAUGAGACCCUUCACCGAGGGACCACCAAAGGAGCUGAAAAUAAGAUUGAUCAAGGUGGAGAGUGGCGACCGUGAGACUUUCAUUGCAUCAGAGGUGGAGGAGAAGAGGUUGAUGGCCAGUGAACUGACCAUUAACCAUACAGCUGCUGAAAUCAUCAAGGCUACCAAGAAUAUGGUGCUGAAGGGGAAAUAUAAAGAGUCUUACGUCCUUCCUUCUAUGUCUGUGAAGCCUCCCGUGGGAACGGAGAGGAACCUUCCCCGAGAGAAGCUGAACCCUCCAACACCCAGCAUUUAUCUGGAGAGUAAGAGAGACGCCUUCUCCCCGGUUCUGUUCCAGUUCUGCACUGACCCCAAGAACCCGAUCACAGUGAUUCGCGGGCUGGCUGGAUCCCUGAGGCUGAAUCUCGGCCUCUUCUCCACGAAGACCCUGGUGGAGGCAAACUCAGAACACACAGUAGAGGUCCGUACUCAGGUGCAGCAGCCGUCCGACGAAAACUGGGACCCUUCUGGGACUCGCCAAGUCUGGCACUGUGAGAGUAGCCGCUCCCAUACAACCAUCGCCAAAUAUGCCCAGUACCAGGCCUCCUCCUUCCAAGAGUCUUUGCAGGAAGACAAAGACAGUGACGACGAGACCAACGAGACCAUCGAACCCGACAGCACCACAGAAAACCCACCCCCCAGCACAAACACUGAGCACAAGACUCCUCAUAUUAUUAAAUUUGGAACCAACAUCGACCUCUCUGACCCUAAAAGGUGGAAGCCUCAGUUGCAGGAGCUGCUAAAGCUUCCAUCCUUCAUGCGUGUGACAUCUAAUGCCAACAUGUUAAGCCACGUGGGUCAUACAAUCCUUGGGAUGAACACGGUGCAGCUCUACAUGAAGGUCCCGGGAAGUCGUACACCAGGACAUCAGGAAAAUAAUAACUUCUGCUCGGUGAAUAUAAAUAUUGGGCCCGGAGACUGUGAGUGGUUUGCAGUACAUGAAAACUACUGGGAGAAGAUCAGUGCCUUCUGUGACAGGCAUAACCUGGAUUACCUGACGGGCUCCUGGUGGCCAGUUCUGGAGGAUCUUUACCGAGCUGAUAUCCCAGUGUAUCGCUUUGUGCAGCGGCCUGGCGAUUUGGUCUGGAUUAACGCAGGGACCGUUCACUGGGUGCAGGCCACAGGAUGGUGUAACAACAUUGCCUGGAACGUCGGGCCUCUGACACCUUACCAGUAUCAGCUGGCUCUGGAACGUUUCGAGUGGAAUGAGGUCAAGAACGUGAAAUCCAUUGUGCCCAUGAUCCACGUGUCCUGGAAUGUGGCCAGAACGGUGAAAAUCACAGAUCCGGACCUGUACGGCAUGAUAAAAUACUGUCUCUUACAAUCCGUUAAGCGAUGUCAGAUCCAGCGAGACAGACUCCUCCGCAGCGGGAAGAAGAUCGCCUAUCAAGCUAGAGUUAAAGAUGAACCAGCCUACUACUGCAAUGAGUGUGACGUGGAAGUUUUUAACAUCCUGUUUGUCACCAGUGAGAGCGGGGGUAAGAACUCUUACCUGGUGCAUUGCGAGUCUUGUGCUCGAUCAUCUAGUAUCUCCUCAAGCAACGUGGUCAUCCUGGAGCAGUACAGAGUGGAGGAACUUAUGCAGAUGUACGACACCUUUCACCUGGCCCCACCUCCAAGCACACGGUGAGCCUUUGCUCCUCCUUCUUCUGCUCCUGCAACAGUCUCCUCCCCCCUCCUCUGCCGAGCCAGCCAAUCAAAACUCUUCCCUCUUCCCAGGACCAGGGAAAAGAGGGGCGGUGCUACUUAACCAGCCAAUUGCAACUGAGAGAAAAAGAGAGAGAGAGAGAGCCACAAAACGAGAGAGGGAGGGUAGGAGGGAGACGAGCCAGUUAUGCAUCGGCAGCUCAUAUUUCACUCUCUCCAGCCAAUCACAGGCCUUGUUUACACAGAUCCCGUUCUCCUUUUCGUGGGAACAGCCAAUCAGGAUGCAGGAUUCUACAUGUCUUUGUUGAUAAUUUUAAUUUUUAUUUCCUCGUUCUGUUUGUUUUUUGUAAUUUUAUCAGGAAUAUUUAUUCUGAAAUCUUGAAUUUGUGACUCUGAGGGCGGGGGGGAUUGGUAUUAAUUUGGGGGAUUUUUUUUUUCUUUGCAGGUGGGGCACUGAGUGUAUUUUAUUUCUUAAAUUAAGUUCAGAGUGGUUCUCUGCUAUUGAAAAUAGUGUGCGUGGGUGCCCUCUGUGUGACAGAGGGGCGCUGACCAGGCUAAUGCUGUAUUAUUGAAUGGGUAUGUUGGAAAGUAUCUUUGGGGGGUGGGGGAGGGAGGGUAAGCCUCAUGCAAGUGAUCGUGAUUCUUGAACGUAAAAGUCGUCAUUAAAAGCUGUGGUAAAUGCUCGGACCGGGUGCCCAAAGAAGGAGGCACCUUCUGUAAGGACGGGGAGCAUCACUUACGAGUCCAUGGUGGGGGGAGGGAAGGGGAGAGUAUUGGAGGUGGGUUCGAUGGGAACAAAACGUAACACUGUUGGGUGGAGACAUGGUACAGUUGACUUAUUAAAGCCCCACUGGGAUGGAUGGGAAAAGAAUCCGAGUGGUGGAACACCAACUGUGCUGAGGUCUAAGAGGAGCCCUCCUUAAAUGGGUUAAGAAAAAAUAAAUAAAAGAUGGCACCCUUACCACUUCAAAUGAAUUAACCUCUCUCCGGGUUGUAUUUGACGAGAAAGAGAUACGGGUUUUUAUAAAUAUAUAUAUAGAUGAAAUAUCUAUUCAGCGCGGACUCCUCCCUUUUAACCAUUUCCUUGGAUUUUUCACCCGUUUCCUGUUCUCUGUAAUAUAGAAAUUUAUAAAUAAAUAUAUAUAGAGAGAGAUUUGGUUUAACUUACCUAUGGAAUGUUUCCCGUCUGCUCGUUACUUCCCUUUUUUUGCUUGUAGCGUCUGUUUUUAUUUUGUUAAAUUCCUGUCUUUCUUGAAUAUUUUAUUAUAUUUUUUGUUAUUGGUUGUAUUUGGUGCUUUGGUUGUAUUCUUUUUUUCCUUCCAUGUAAAUCUUUAUACCUCUCGUUUCACAAAACCACAGGCCAGUCCUCUUUCCGAGUCUUUAAGGUCCACACCCCCACAUUAGGUCCUGCCUAACCACAGGCUCCACCCCUUCACCAGACCCCACCCUGAAUGUGUGUCCUAUACUUCAGAGAUUCAGAGUGUUCCUUCAUGCACCUUCACAACCUAAAAUCAAUGUGGUUAUGGACCACCGACAGCACAAGGUGGCCAUUUUAACCAAAUAGCGUUUUGUGAGGCUCGCUCAAAAAAACUUGUGUUCCCUCACAGGACUUGAGGUUUCUGUCGAUAUUCGGUGCCACACUGGUGUCUGUUCGGUUGCUUUUGGCGCUAGUAGGUGCUAUGAAUAAAUGAAUUGAAGGGUCCAGUGUUUUUUCUGUCUAGUUAAAAAAAUAAGGAUUGGUAGGUUAGAAGAAAACCCUACAGGUGACUGUGUAGCCACCAAGCGUGAGGCCAUUUCUAAUAAGCCUUGAUGGUUGAAACAAACAAAAAUAUGCUUUUUUCGCAAUUUUCUUUCAUAAUAAAAAGAUCUGAUUUUCUGUGAGUAGUCCAAAUAAUUCUAACCAACAAAACUUCAACAGCUGUCCAUGAAUACGAACCGGGGUAAAUUUAUCCCUAUUUUUGGCCACAGAUAUUCAAAGGGAAUAAGGCCUACAAAUCUUGGGAGGGGGAUUUCCAUGGUUGGUGGUCUGUGUUUCGUGACCAUGCUAAGGCAGAGGUUUCUUGAAUCAUCUGCCGAUUCUUAAGUUCCCUCAGUACCUGCAGAAAACCUUUUCUAGGAUUUUAAUGUGAAUGACUGACUGUUUUCAGUCUAUACUUAUCCUUCAUUUAUGGUCCAGCUUUUACCCAAUGAGGCAAAAAAACAAAACUGUUCUAUAAAUGGUCAUUUCGACCAGAUUUGACUCCUCAGUCUGGAGGCCGGGGUUGUUUACUGAUAGGACUAUUAUUAUCUCUUAUCAUGGUUGAUAUUGGGUCACCUAUAUAGAAGUACCAUGAAUGGAAACUUUUUGAGAAAGUGAGAGCUGUGUUGAAGUGCAGAAGACUUCUUGUGUCAUACUUUGAACCCAACUAUAUAGUCAAACAUCUAGGUAACUUAAACGGUAAAGAUAACUGUUACUUGGCUGAAUUCUGUGUAUAGACAUACUAUCUUGAUCAUCCAACAAGUUGAUUAUUGGACAUGCAGAACAUUAUUACUUGAUGGAGAUGGUCUUCCCAUGGAAGAUUACCACCAUAGUUGUUAGAAUUCAUGGUAAAUUUUGGGCAACCGUUUCCUAAUACCCCCCCCUAUAGUUGGUCAGAAUAGAACUAAAGUAUGUCUCACAUCCCUGUCGAAACUUCCGCUGUCGAG